AUGGCGAAAAGGAUAGUCCGUAAGGAGGAACCUUUUUUAACGCGAUUCAAAGAGAAUCCUGAAGACAUAUGGAUGACAGCUACUGACAAUAUACAAACAAUAUGGAACGUAAUGUACAGAUAUCUCGGUUGGAUACUAUGGCGGCUUUUUUACAUUUUUAUAGUGUUGCAUAAAGCGUUGACGAUUCAAAGUGUCGCCGACGACAAAUAUGAAAUACCAAGUGUUUCUUGGAAGGAAAUUGUGAUAUUGCUAGGUAGUCUUUAUUUGACGUGGAACUGUUUUAUGCAUUACAAGGAUUAUCAGUUUUUCUCGCGACCGGAUUUCAAAGGACCUCCGUCAGACACGCGCAAUUUCCAUUUGGCUGAUCGUGUACCUGAAGGUCCGCCUGGAUGGGCUGAAACAGGCGUUGGUCGACUAAUGCAAGUACUUGAACUUCAAUUAUAUACCGACAAUUAUAUACAUAAACAUCUUUUUCUAAUAUCAUAUCUUUCAUCUAGAUAUUCGAUCUAUGCUAAAUUCUUUGCACAACCAGAAACAUCCGAUCAAAUAUGGGUCUUGCGCACAUGGGAACCGAGGCGCUACUUCUUACGAUGUUUUUGUUGGUUUUCGCCCGCGCAAUUAUUAAUGUACCACAUAAUGACACCUGGAAAAGCGAUAUACUUGUCCGCUGCUAUCCUCACCACCGCGUUUUUCCUUCGGAAACUCGUGGAUAUGUUUGAUGCGAUGGUGCAGGAUAAACAAGUGAUAUAUGGGCAAGUGCUCGCAGAAUACAAUGAGAAUUUUGUUGCGCCGCGUGCAUUUGUCCCGAAAAUGUCUCAUGAAGUUCAAACUCAAGGUGGAUUUUGGGAUACGUUGACUGAAAUCAAAUUGAAUUCGAAAAAGUCGAAGUCACACCGACCUAUUCAUCAAUCAGUUCCACGACAUAAUUCUAGUAGAGAUUAUUAUCAACAACCAAUGCCUCAAUUUAAUUCUUUUGGCGGGAAUUUUCAUCAACCACAACCAGUACAGAAUAAUUCUACUGAAAAUCGUCACAGAUCAAAAUCUACAUUUAAAUUACCAUCGUCGUCAUCAUCAUCAACGACAGCAACAAAAAUUAAAGAUGAAGCAACAUUAUCAACACCGAUUGCAUUUUCGAGUUCAAUAACAACCUCCUCCAACAUUACAGCGUCUCGUAGUUCACGAACUACACGCAAUAGUAAUAGUGAUACUAAUAAUAGCAAUGUCGCCAUGGCAUCGAAAUCACAAAUGUUCACCAGACCAACCAUGCAAAAAGAAGCAUAUGAAUGCCCCGCGGAUAAACCCAGUCCUUACAAAUCAAAGGACAAUAUAUUUCAAUAUGGAUAUGGUCCAAUAUCCGACUAUGUAGAAGAUUGGCCACCAAAAAAUACUACAAAUACUUCACAACGACGGAAAAAAAGUUAA